AGAGGAGUCGUCUCUGCUGUUGAUGGUGGAGAGAAGCUGAUUGGCAAUGGCUUCUUUGGUAUCUUCACCUUUCAGCUUACCCAACACAAAAGCAGACCAACUUUCUUCCCUCUCCAGAAAGCAAUACUUUCUCCACUCCUUCCUCCCCAAAAAUAUCAGCAAUUUGGGCUCUAAGUCCUCCCUCAAAGUGAAAUGUGCCAUGGGCAAUGGCCUCUUCACCCAAACCACCCAGGAAGUCCGCCGCAUCGUCCCCGAAAACAAGCAGGGCCUCCCCACUGUCAAAAUUGUCUAUGUGGUCCUGGAGGCUCAGUACCAAUCCUCCCUCACAGCUGCAGUCCAGUCCCUCAACGCCGGCAACCGCUAUGCCUCCUUCCAAGUUGUGGGUUAUCUAGUCGAAGAGCUUCGUGACGCCGACACCUAUAAAAUGUUCUGCCAAGACCUCGAGGACGCUAACAUUUUCAUUGGGUCGUUAAUUUUUGUGGAGGAGCUUGCCGUCAAAGUGAAGGAGGCUGUCGAGAAGCAGAGGGACAGGAUGGAUGCAGUGUUGGUGUUCCCGUCAAUGCCGGAGGUCAUGAGGCUCAACAAGUUGGGAUCUUUCAGCAUGUCUCAGCUCGGCCAAUCGAAAAGCCCAUUCUUCCAGCUAUUCAAGAGGAAGAAGCAGUCCGCCGGGUUUGCUGACAGCAUGCUCAAGCUUGUGAGGACUUUGCCUAAGGUGUUGAAGUACUUGCCGAGUGAUAAGGCGCAGGAUGCUAGGCUUUACAUUCUCAGUUUGCAGUUUUGGCUUGGAGGGUCGCCAGAUAACUUGCAGAAUUUUGUUAAGAUGAUAUCCGGGUCUUAUGUUCCAGCUCUAAAAGGGGAGAAGAUUCCGUAUUCAGACCCGGUUUUGUUUUUGGAUACCGGAAUUUGGCACCCUUUGGCACCCUGUAUGUAUGAUGAUGUGAAGGAGUACUUGAAUUGGUAUGGAACUAGGAAGGAUGCCAAUGAGAAGCUUAAGAGCCCGAAUGCGCCUGUGGUCGGGUUGAUUCUGCAGAGGAGUCACAUUGUUACCGGAGAUGAGAGUCACUAUGUGGCUGUGAUCAUGGAAUUGGAGGCAAGAGGGGCGAAGGUGAUACCGAUUUUUGCUGGUGGGCUUGACUUUUCAGGGCCGGUUGAGAGGUUUCUGAUUGAUCCUGUUACUAACAAGCCAUUUAUCCAUUCUGCAAUUUCGCUUACUGGUUUUGCCCUUGUUGGAGGGCCAGCAAGACAGGAUCAUCCACGGGCCGUUGAAGCUCUGAUGAAGCUCGACGUUCCAUACAUUGUCGCGUUGCCUUUAGUGUUCCAAACAACUGAGGAGUGGUUGAAUAGCACUUUGGGUUUGCACCCAAUUCAGGUGGCCUUGCAGGUGGCUCUCCCAGAGCUGGACGGAGGCAUGGAGCCCAUCGUUUUCGCUGGCCGGGAUCCUAGAACAGGGAAAUCACAUGCUCUUCACAAGAGGGUAGAACAGCUCUGCACCAGGGCAAUCAGAUGGGGUGAACUGAAAAGGAAGACAAAGGCAGAGAAGAAGGUAGCUAUCACCGUCUUCAGUUUCCCUCCAGACAAAGGAAAUGUUGGAACAGCUGCCUACCUCAAUGUUUUCUCCUCAAUCUUCGCUGUUCUGCUAGAACUCAAGAGAGAUGGUUACAACGUUGAGAACCUUCCAGAGACUUCAGAUGCCUUGAUUGAGGAUGUAAUUCAUGACAAAGAAGCUCAAUUCAGCAGCCCAAAUCUGAAUGUUGCUUACAAGAUGGGGGUCCGUGAAUAUCAAAGUCUGACUCCAUAUGCCACUGCGUUGGAGGAAAACUGGGGAAAACCCCCUGGUAACCUCAACUCCGAUGGAGAGAAUCUAUUGGUAUAUGGAAAACAGUACGGAAAUGUCUUCAUCGGUCAGCCCACAUUUGGCUAUGAGGGUGAUCCGAUGAGGCUACUGUUCUCCAAAUCUGCUAGCCCACAUCACGGCUUUGCAGCAUACUAUUCAUUUGUUGAAAAGAUUUUCCAAGCUGAUGCUGUUCUACAUUUCGGUACACAUGGUUCACUUGAAUUCAUGCCUGGAAAACAGGUGGGAAUGAGUGACGCCUGUUUCCCGGACAGUCUGAUUGGGAACAUUCCCAAUGUCUAUUACUAUGCUGCUAACAACCCAUCUGAAGCUACAAUAGCUAAACGUCGGAGCUAUGCCAACACUAUCAGCUAUCUGACUCCUCCUGCAGAAAAUGCUGGACUUUAUAAAGGUCUUAAGCAGUUGAGUGAGCUCAUCUCCUCCUACCAAUCCCUGAAAGACACAGGCCGUGGGUCACAGAUUGUUAGCUCAAUAAUCAGCACAGCCAAGCAGUGCAAUCUUGACAAGGACGUAGACCUACCUGAAGAAGGAAUGGAAAUCUCAGCAAAAGAACGAGAUCUUGUGGUUGGAAAGGUGUAUUCCAAAAUCAUGGAGAUUGAGUCUCGCCUGUUGCCUUGUGGGCUUCACGUCAUUGGUGAGCCUCCAACAGCCAUGGAAGCAGUUGCAACUCUGGUUAAUAUUGCUGCACUUGACCGUCCAGAGGAAGGGAUUUCUUCCCUCCCAUCUAUAUUAGCUGAGACAGCCGGAAGAGACAUAGAGGAUAUUUACAGAAGCAGCGAUAAAGGGAUAUUGAAGGAUGUAGAGCUUCUUCGGCAAAUAACAGACACAUCACGGGGAGCAAUUUAUGCAUUUGUGGAGCGUACGACGAAUAGCAAGGGCCAGGUAGUUGACGUUGCUGAUAAACUGACCUCAAUCCUUGGGUUCGGAAUAAACGAACCUUGGGUGCAGUACUUGUCAAACACAAAAUUUUACAGGGCUGAUAGGGAGAAGCUCAGAACGUUGUUCGUGUUCUUGGCAGAAUGCUUGAAGCUAAUUGUGGCAGACAAUGAGAUAGGGAGUUUAAAACAAGCAUUGGAGGGUAAAUAUGUAGAGCCAGGUCCCGGUGGUGAUCCGAUACGAAACCCGAAAGUGUUGCCAACAGGAAAGAAUAUUCAUGCACUUGAUCCACAAUCUAUUCCCACAACGGCAGCAAUGCAGAGUGCAAAAAUUGUGGUGGAGAGGCUGAUAGAGAGGCAGAGGAUCGAUAACGGGGGAAAGUAUCCUGAGACUGUAGCACUCGUUUUGUGGGGUACAGACAAUAUCAAGACUUAUGGUGAGUCCUUGGCUCAGGUUUUGUGGAUGGUGGGUGUAUUACCAGUUGCUGAUGCCUUCGGACGGGUCAACCGGGUGGAGAUAGUACCUCUUGAAGAGCUUGGAAGACCGAGGAUUGAUGUUGUUGUCAACUGCUCAGGCGUCUUCAGAGACCUGUUCAUCAAUCAGAUGAAUCUGCUUGACCGGGCAGUGAAGAUGGUAGCUGAACUAGACGAGCCAGUGGAGCAAAACUUUAUCAGGAAGCACGCACUGGAGCAAGCAGAAACCCUAGGAAUAGGGGUUCGUGAAGCUGCAACUCGUAUCUUCUCCAAUGCCUCGGGAUCCUAUUCCUCCAAUAUAAAUCUUGCUGUGGAGAACUCCUCGUGGAAUGAUGAGAAGCAGCUGCAAGACAUGUAUCUAAGCCGGAAGUCAUUUGCUUUUGAUUCUGAUGCCCCUGGUGUAGGCAUGGCUGAGAACAGGAAAGUUUUUGAGAUGGCUCUGAGCACAGCUGAGGCAACAUUCCAAAACCUUGACUCGUCGGAGAUCUCACUCACUGAUGUGAGUCACUACUUUGACUCAGAUCCAACCAAUCUGGUGCAAAGCCUAAGGAAGGAUGGAAAGAAACCCAGUGCUUACAUUGCUGACACCACCACAGCUCGUCUUGCAAUGCAGGUUCGCACGCUCUCUGAGACCGUACGUCUUGAUGCAAGGACCAAGUUGUUGAACCCUAAGUGGUACGAGGGGAUGUUAUCUAGCGGAUACGAGGGUGUUCGUGAAAUUGAGAAAAGGCUGACUAACACGGUUGGGUGGAGUGCAACUUCUGGCCAAGUUGACAACUGGGUGUACGAAGAGGCCAACACAACUUUCAUUCAAGACAAGGAGAUGUUGGAAAGGCUCAUGAAAACAAAUCCAAACUCCUUCAGGAAGCUGGUACAGACAUUCCUUGAGGCCAACGGACGUGGUUACUGGGACACUGCAGAGGAGAACAUUGAGAAGCUGAAAGAGCUGUACCAAGAAGUUGAAGACAAAAUUGAGGGAAUCGAUCGGUAAACUCAUACUUAUUGUUGAGAACACUGUAAAUUAAUUUGAAAAUAUCAGUAACACUACGAUUUACUUGAGCUCCUCUCUCCCCCUUCCCUUCCUCCAGCUCCUCCUUCCAAAAGGAGCAUAGGCAAAGCCUCUAGGAACUGUCUAGUGUCUAAUGUCAACUCUUUAACCAGUUCCCCACUGUAGUUCAAUCCGUCAGGGAUAUGUAUCUGUACUGCUACUUGCAGAAUUUGAAGUCCGACAAAUACAUGUUUUCACAA